AGUCCACGCCGACCGGCACUUCCUCGAACCGCCGACCCGGCUUCUUCCAUUCGUUUGUUGAUCGCUCUUGUUCUGUGACGUGUCCAACUUUCCCCGAACGUACUAAUUCAAUAUGUGUGACGAAGAAGUUGCCGCAUUGGUGGUUGACAAUGGAUCCGGUAUGUGCAAGGCCGGUUUCGCCGGUGAUGACGCGCCCCGUGCCGUCUUCCCGUCGAUCGUGGGUCGCCCAAGGCAUCAAGGUGUCAUGGUAGGCAUGGGCCAGAAGGACUCGUACGUAGGAGACGAGGCCCAAAGCAAGAGGGGUAUCCUCACCCUGAAGUACCCGAUCGAGCACGGCAUCGUGACCAACUGGGACGAUAUGGAGAAGAUCUGGCAUCACACCUUCUACAAUGAAUUGCGUGUUGCCCCAGAGGAGCACCCCGUCCUCCUGACCGAGGCUCCAUUGAACCCGAAGGCCAAUCGCGAGAAGAUGACCCAGAUCAUGUUCGAAACCUUCAACACUCCCGCCAUGUACGUCGCCAUCCAGGCCGUGCUCUCGCUGUACGCCUCCGGUCGUACCACCGGUAUCGUCCUCGAUUCCGGAGACGGUGUCUCUCACACCGUCCCAAUCUACGAAGGUUAUGCCCUUCCUCAUGCCAUCCUCCGUCUGGACUUGGCCGGUCGCGACUUGACCGACUACCUCAUGAAGAUCCUCACCGAGCGCGGCUACUCCUUCACCACCACCGCCGAGCGUGAAAUCGUUCGCGACAUCAAGGAGAAGCUCUGCUACGUCGCCCUCGACUUCGAACAAGAGAUGGCCACCGCCGCCAGCUCCAGCUCCCUCGAGAAGAGCUACGAGCUUCCCGACGGACAGGUCAUCACCAUCGGCAACGAACGUUUCCGCUGCCCAGAGGCUCUCUUCCAGCCAUCCUUCUUGGGUAUGGAAGCGUGCGGCAUCCACGAGACCACCUACAACUCCAUCAUGAAGUGCGACGUGGACAUCCGUAAGGAUCUGUACGCCAACACCGUUCUCUCCGGAGGUACCACCAUGUACCCAGGCAUCGCCGACCGCAUGCAGAAGGAGAUCACCGCCUUGGCUCCAUCCACCAUGAAGAUCAAGAUUAUCGCUCCACCAGAGAGGAAAUACUCCGUCUGGAUCGGUGGUUCCAUCCUGGCCUCCCUCUCCACUUUCCAACAGAUGUGGAUCUCCAAGCAGGAAUACGACGAGUCCGGCCCAUCCAUCGUCCACAGGAAGUGCUUCUAAGUUGUUUCACCUUCAUCUACAACAACAACAAAAACAACAUAAAGAAACAACUAAAACAACAACAACAAAAACA